GAGAUUUUUUUAAGAAGUAAUUUUUUCUUUAGUUUUUAUUAUCUCACACAUAAAGAGCUGAGGUUGACAUAUUUGGUGUUUACACUGCCACCUUGAAGCACCUGCGGUCACAACACUUGCACACAGAAGAAUUCAGACCUCACGGCUGUGGUUAAAUGUUUCACACAACAAGUGUAAAAAGUGAAGACCUCUGCUGGAGGGCUCUGUGCUUUUGAUCGUGUUGGAGCAGAAAAUGCCUUAAGUUAUAACACGUGAGGAUGUAAAGACUGAGCAUGUGACUGCUGUGACAGAUUAGGGACAGAUGAUGUUCACAAAAAAUGAACCUGGGGGCCCCGUUUGGAGUGGUGCCAACACCCCUCCCAGGAAGGCUCCCACAUCAGGCCACCUUACGCACAGCACGCACGCAGGGGGGUUGGAAUGUAUUUGGCCCUGUGUGAUGUGAUUGUUUGCAGAGAAAUGGGUUGACCUUGCCCCGUAAUGCCACACACACAUGCGGCUUGUGGCUGGCCCAAGGUGUUUGAGACAGAGUCGCUGAGUGCAGGAGGUCCCGGGACCAUUCAGCACUUCCUCCAGGCCCAAAACAGAGAGUCCACUCAGUUCUAACCACAAUGGGACAAUAAUGAGCCGCCCAGCCUCAUUCCAGGACGUGACGAGGAGGAGGCAGCGGAGCACACUGCGCGACUAUUACAGUCAAAGGUUCUCUGGACUUCAACAACCAAGGAUCAUCGUUUUCUCAGCUUUAUUGGGGAGUUUACAGACACACAAAAGAGUUGAAAAGAGGGAUACUUAAUCCAAAUUGCAGCGCAGGAUGUGCGUACUUUUGGUGAGAACAACGCAGCAGUGAUUUUGAGAACAUGGCAAACGGAGGUGACCAGUUUGGCCUUGCAGAGUGCCCAGAUUCCGACUGUAUGGAGUCUCCAAAUGAGGAUACAGGAAAGCAAGAAACUGAAAACUAUUCUUUAAAUUCCCCAGCCUCACCCCAGACCACCACCAAUCAGCAGGGGAUGGAGGGAAUUAAAGUUUUUCUUCAUGACAGGGAUCUUUGGACAAAAUUUGAUGAAGUUGGAACAGAAAUGAUCAUCACUAAGGCAGGAAGACGAAUGUUCCCAAGUUACAAAGUGAAGGUCACGGGACUUAACCCAAAAACCAAGUACAUCUUACUCAUGGAUAUCGUGCCUGGGGACGACCAUCGCUAUAAAUUUGCAGACAACAAGUGGUCAGUUACGGGAAAGGCAGAGCCUGCAAUGCCCGGGAGGCUAUACGUCCACCCGGAUUCUCCGGCAACAGGAGCGCACUGGAGCCGCCAACUUGUGUCUUUCCAAAAACUCAAACUUACCAACAACCACCUGGACCCAUUCGGGCAUAUCAUUCUGAACUCCAUGCACAAGUACCAGCCACGCCUCCACAUUGUCAAAGCGGAUGAGAACAACGGCUUUGGCUCCAAAAAUACAGCUUUCUGCACCCAUGUCUUUGCAGAAACGGCCUUCAUCGCUGUAACGUCCUACCAGAACCACAAGAUCACACAGCUGAAAAUCGAGAACAAUCCGUUUGCUAAAGGCUUCAGAGGUGGAGAUGACAAUGAGUUACACCGCAUGGCCAAACUACAGGGUAAAGACUACCCUGUGGUUCCCCGCAGUACGGUUCGGCAGCGAACGUGUCCUGUGACCAGCCCAUUCAGCACAGAGGCUCGGGUCCUGAGGGGCUCCUCUGGUGAUCUCCGGUCCCCAUUCAGCUGCGACACUGGGCUCAGCGUCCACAGCCCAGAGAUGAUCAGCCCCUCCUCCACUCACUACAGCCUACUACACCCGCAUCUGCAACAACCACAGGCCUACCAAUGCACCAAGAGGAAAGGAGUAGAGGACAGGUGCUCUCCUGACAAUCGGCACCCAUAUAAGAAAGCAUUCACUGGGGACUCUCCAAGUAGUACAGAGAUGUACUGUCACUCAUCGUCCUACUCUCUCCCUCCAUCUCAUGGGCUGCAUAGCAAUGUUGCUCUGGGUCUCACAGAUGCCCCGUACCCCUCAGACAUGGGACAGCGUCAGGCAUGCAUGUUUGCAGGCUCAGAGACCAGACUGGAUGAAGUCAGCUGUACAUCAUGGUCCUACAACUGCCCUGUGCCCUCUGCCAUGACCAACAUGGAUCCAUACCCAUACACUCCCCACCCCCCCUACAUCUCCAACCCUCCCGGCUCCCGGCUCAGUGCUGUGACCCACCACAGUUCUCCACAUCUGGGGGAGCACAUGGCACAUGAGUCCUAUCCAAACCAGAAUGGACCAACUCAGAAUUCCCAAAACAUUCACAGCCGACAGAUCAGCCCCCCACUCAGAGAGUACUCUCGCUACACCCCCAAUGUGUCACCCCCUCUGUACCACACGCUGGAGAGUCAUACACAUGUGCGCUGUGGGCUGCCGGAGUGGAGCGCAGCCUCCUAACCAAUUCUAAGGACAAAUCAAAAUACUGGUCAACUGCCCAUUUUGGACUAUCAACAUUAUGUUUCUCUUGUUUUGUUGUUGAAAUGCAAUCUGGACCUCAGCUCCUUUGUCACACUAAUCAUAAGUGACCUGAAUGAAGACAGAAAUGGAUAUUUAGGGAAGACUUUCCUAAAGAGCGCACAUUAAACACCUUAACUGUGUAUUUGUAUUGUCUGUGGUCUGUUAUUCCAGGCCAUAAGCAGAGCUUGGCUCAUCCUUUCAGUGACUCCCAGGUUAUCUAUGGUGAACAAUGUAAAUUGUGGCCCACUGUCAAACAGCCACAUUUACUGAGCAAUAUAAUCAGAGCUCUCAUAGAGCUUGAGGGAGACAUUUCAUUUGGAGCAAAUAAUGCUCCUUGCUUUGUCUCAGCGAUGGAAAAAGUCAUUUAUUUUGUGAGUGUGUGUAUUUGUUAAGCCCAUGUCAGAUCAGUUUAAGAAUGCUCUGAGUAAAUUUCAGUGAGACAAGCAGAAGUAGCUGCAGGCGAUGCACCAUGGAGAUAAACACUUUGGACCAAGCUACAGGCGGAAAGACCUGUAAACACUGUUUCCACUGCAUUCUGGGUAAAUGCACAACUCAGCAUCACACAGCUGUCACCGCUGUCCUCUCAGUCACCCUAAGCUGACCAAUCAGCUCUUCUCUUCACAGAGAAUCAGCCAAUCAGAGGACUCCUUUUUUUCUUCAGAGAGCCGUUAGUAUAUAUGUGUGUGUGCCGACACAGUCCUGUUUGUUUAUGAAUUAUUCAGCAGUAAGAGAUGAUCCCUGACAUGCAAGGAUUGCUCAGCAAACACACUUAUAUAAAUAUAAUCAUGUCAAUCAACUUCUGUCUACUAUUUGGCAUUGUGUGUCUUAUGCAUUUUGUCAAAUUACAUACACCGCUCCAAACCUGUGCACACUCAGAGGUUUAGUUUUGUAGAGUUGUUUGUUCAGUCCUCCUAUGCAGUACCAUGGUGCUUUUGCAGUCAUCAGUAACUAGAGAGCAAUCCUAGUUAAUCCAUCCUAUAGUAUGUAUGUGUAAAUAUAUAGUAUGUACUAGUGAGUUUGUGUGUGUUGAGAACAAAAAUGUAUCUGGGAGAAAAUGUUUAACAGUAUUAUUGCUCCUGCCAGUAUUUAUUACAUUACAUUUGUAAAUAUUUGUAGUUGACUCUUGAAAAGCAGUAGUUUUCAGAGGUACUUGUUAAACUUUAUUUUCUGAUCCUAUCCUCAAAUGGUUUACAAAUGGUGUCUGUUUU